UGAAUUUACCUAAAUUGUACACCAGACUGGAUGAUCCGACCCGCCCAUGAACCCGUCCUGAAUUGACCAGACGUCCAGACCGAAAUCACACCAAAAUGAAUUUUCGAUUGAGCCGAUCAGAAUGGACUCUUAUACGUAUUAUUUAGUCUUUAGGCGGUGUCAGGAGGAAGAUUAGCGCGAGAGUACAUUUUACCGCUCAAAAACAUAUUUCAAUCUCUUGUUCUCAGAAAAACACUCAACCAAAAUCUGUGUUGUAAAUUGCCUUGGAAGAGACGACGAACAUGGAAGACGAAGAAUAUGGAAGACGAUCUGGAGGGCACCCAGGUUCUGAUUCAGAAUCUGGAGAGAACUCUGAUUCUGAUGAGAACCCUAGGGAGCAUUCUGAAAUUGAUGAGGAAUCUGGAGAAUCCGAAUCUGUUUUGAAUCCUGUGGUUGUUGAUGAAAAUAUUGGGUCAGUAGUAAAACACUUAAGGAAGAACCCCAUUCUGAUUGAUAGAACUUCAAAUGGAAUUGAGCCUAUGACGAAGAAACCCAGACAUAGAUAUGCUGGCACUUCAAAUAACAAUACCCCUCCUGAAACCCAUCUGAACCGUCCAACAAAUCAGCAACCCCGUUUUCUUGGUCUGGAGAUAAAGUUAUGGUUCCCUUUGGUGAUGUCCGCCCAACCAUAUCAGUUGCAGCCUCGUGUCAUGGCCAUUCUUUCAGAAAACCUGAGGCCGGUUCCUAGUUUUAACUAUCGGUUGAGUGAACGACCUGCAACAUGUACCAGGGCCAUUGUACCAAGAAGCCAGAGGCCAAUUUCUAAUUUGGGCAAUCAGGUUGGAUCAGCUCGACAAGGGCAGCAAGUCCCUCCUCCUAGAGCCCCACCAGCAGCUGCUUCACUUCAGUCAUCUCAACGAAGUGUGGGACAGUCAUAUGAUGAGAUUCUUCGGGAAAAAAAACAUGGUAAUAUUCGGGCUAAAUUAAUGACUUGCUAGCUAGGAUGGCUAACUCUAAAGGUUCCACUACAAAGCUGAAGGCUGAUAGUCAGAAGCCAUCAGAGGGACAAAUUGCAAAUGAUGGCAUAAGGCGUGAUUCUGCUGGGAAGGCAACAGAUAUGGGAAAAUCAGGAAAGCCUAUUCCUUCAGUUGAUGCAAUUCCUUCUUCUACUGGUAAUGUUCCGUCUGCAAUAAAGGAAACCAGUUAUCAAGAUAGCAAAAACAAAGCAGAAAGUGUAAAGAGACAGAGUCCCACCUCAGGAGAUAAGAUAACUGCUGGUGACAAGUCAAAGGGGCCGAUCAUUACAGCUGCUGGUGAAGGGUUGUCUGCAAAAAAUACAGACAGAAACAAGGAAACUACAGAAGCAGGUGAAAGACAAGAUGAGAAGGAGAGUUCUAAUUCUUCUCAAGCUGACAACACUCGAGAAUUUAACAGACCGUGAUCGUUUUUAGAAGAUGAUCAUGACCAAUUCACUGCUUGGAACCUUUAUCUCUUUUUUCUGUUUUCUAGCUGAAUUUCUACUGUCUCUAGCCGAUUUCACACUGUUCGAGUACAGGAUUUUUUUUUUUUGGAAAGCAGGAUGGUUUCUUCUGCAAUAAAAACAUGGAGUGGUAAUUUGGUAAAUAUAGGAGAGUAUAAAGAGCAAGCAGUACAUGAAUUUUCUAGCAUUUACCUUAUAUAUACAGCAGCUAAAUAGGUGUUAUCCGAAAUGUUUUGUACAGAAUAUUGAGCCUUUUUGUAUGUAAUUCGGAAACAAAAACAAACAAGAAUGUAGAUUGAAUAAUACAUUUUUAUAGCGUGUAUGCAAAAAGCUACUAGUAUUAAACUUGUACGCA